UCUGUUAUUGGAUAUUGGCUGGCGUUGCCUUCGAGCCAGUUUUAGUUGUAAAUUGGCAGCCGAACUGAUGAAAACGCGACUAAAAAGCAAAGAAUCUUCAAGCAGAAAGUGGAUAUUGGACUCAAGGCAAUUAAUGCUCCAUCUGGCUAAACAGUACUCAAAAGAACGACCGCAAAUACAGCUAAUUAAAAGUCAAUAUUUAUGAAUGCGGCUUAGUCUGACUGCAAGCCCAAACAUUAAAAUUAUCAGCUCCAAAAAGUAUACAAACGUAUAGACAUAUAUAUUCUUCUAUAUAAACCGUUGAUAAGCGCUACCCAUCACAAUUCCAUCCAGCACUUUGACAAUUGAGCAAUCAUUCAAGAUGAGACAGUGUCGAGAAAGAAUGCGGCUGCCGCUGGCUUUGCCUCUGCUGCUCAUUAUCAGCACAAGUCUUGCAGUGGCUGGCUACAAUCCUGCCAAUUACGGUCCUGCCUACAGGGCUCCCAGUGUCGAUUCCGACGGCAGCCUUGCAGCGGCGCCUGGUUUACGACGUCCCACACGCACCGUGGAAACGGUGCAUCAAUGGCGACAAUUAGAGUACGGCUUCGCUUCGGAACAGGAUCGUCAGAAGGCGCAGGCAGAUGGUAAUUUAAUGGCUGGCUAUGGCACGCCCAUCGAUGUACAGCCACAUUAUUUGCCCAACGGGCAGGUGCGUGUGUUCACGACAGUGCCACGUUUUGUCAGCGGCAUACCCUACACUCUGGCCACCAUUUCGGAUCAGUUGGGCAGCAAUGGACCACAAUUGCAGCCGUAUCCCAGCUUUAAUUGGCACAACAACAAUGGUGACAACUGUGACCAGAUCACCUCCGCAUUUCGUGUAGCUGUCUCGGAGUGCAAUCAGUUGUGGGUCAUUGAUUCGGGCAAUGUUGGCGGGGUGCAGCACUGCCCGCCGCAGCUGUUGCAGUUCGAUCUCAACAACGAUCGUUUGCUGCAUCGGUUCCGUUUCCCCAAUGAGACUUAUGUGCCGAACGCCUCGCUCUUCAUCACUCCCAAUUUGCUGGUGCAGGAUCCACCGCCACGCGGCAACUGUGCACGCACCAUCGUCUAUGUGUCAGAUGUCUCCUAUCACGGCCUUGUCGUCUACGAUCAGCAGGCGAAUGCGGCUUGGCGCAUCGAGAAUCGUUUCAUGUACCCAGAUCCCGACCAUGGACAGCACACCAUUGCCGGCGAAAGCUUCAUUCUGAUGGACGGCAUCUUUGCCGUAAACAAUGACAAACGCAAUCUCUAUUUCCAUCCAUUGGCCAGUGUCAGUGAGUACUCGGUGCCUCUGAGUGUGCUGAACAGACGGGAGAACUGGCAUGAUGCUGUGGAUGCCAUGCCGGAGCAAUUCAAGCUGCUGGGCAGGCGUAAAAGCGAAUGUGCCGCCUCCGCCAUUGACAGUCGCAAUAAUCUCUACUGUGUCACCUUCAAUCCCAUCAAGCUGUUCGCCUGGAACACAAACACGCCCUACAGCACACGCAACUUUGGCAACCUGCCAGCCAAGGCCAGUGAACUGCAGUUUGUUAGCGGCAUGAAGGUGGUGCGCAAUGCUGGCGGCCAGGAGGAGCUCUGGAUGUUCUCCAACCGUUUUCAGAAAAUUUCAAGUGGCACAUUAAAUUCGAACGAGAUCAAUUUCCGCAUUUUGCGCCGUCCGCUGGACGACAUACACAGCGGGGUAUUCUUUGCCAGCGACGAUGAUCUGGCCAAUCGUUUGGUCUUUAGUUAAUCUGUAUAUAAGUCGACUAUGAAUAAGGGCCAAUUGGUCACCCAAACUAAACCGUCUAACUAUGUUAAGCAUCAAUUUCGCCAAGUCACGAAAGCUACAGUGAACGCUCGCAAAUUAGAACGAUUCGAUUAGAGAGUUGAUUUAAAUGUGCGAAACAAUUCCAAAAAA